AUGAGCAUAUUCAAAAGCAUUUCGGGAUUUUUCACAUCCGCAGUGGGAGCAGAACUCCCACCCUCCUUAACCUCCAACAAGACCCUCACAUCUGGGGGCGGCAGUCCCUUGUUUUUCUCAAACAGAGAAAAAACUGACAGUAAGGACAGUAUUUUGGUAGCCACAACAACAACAACAACGUCACAACUGACGGCAACGCCAUCAUCAGCGUCGUCAACUAUUUCCAACCAAAUAACAAAAUUUAAAGAUACGAUACAAGAUGUAUAUAACAACACUCAGCAACAACAACAGUUUAUGCAACAACCAUCUAGGCAACAAAGUCAACAGUGUGACAUUAAUCAGCAACUACAACAACGACUACCCGCUCAGCAAAAUUAUCAGCAACAACAACAAAUACAGCAGCAACAACAACAAAAACCACAACAAAAAUUGCAAUCUCAGUAUCAGCAACAACAGCCUGAUCAAGAUAGUAAUGGCAAAAUUAAAGCGGAUUAUGCGGAUUAUAAAGAAAUCCAGAGUCAAACGAAGGCAGAGGAAGCCGCAUGA